AGUAUCCAUGAUAAUUUUUUAAGAAAAAGGAAAAUAAAAACGACAAGAAAAAGACUUGGCACAGAAAGACAGAGAGUAAGGAAAACAAAACGAAAUAAGAAUCAGAGUAACGAAGAAGAAGAAAGAAAGAGAGUGAUCACAUGGCGUUGCAGUGGUUGGUUCUCUCCUACGUGGUGGCUGCUGAGGCUGCCGUCGCCAUUCUCGUUACACUUCCCACUCCCAAGCUCUUAAGGGACCGUCUGGUUUAUUUUGUUUCCCUCAUUCUCCAACCUGCGCUUUUUAUUGUUCCUUUCGCUGGAUUCCAGCUUGUCGAUAUAUACUGGAAGAAUGAGCAUAGGUUGAUGUGUACAUCUGAUGUUUGUACUGCUGCAGAGAGAGAUCGAUAUGAGAAAUCUAUAUACAAAGCUCAGAGAAAUGUGGUACUGUGCAUUGCAGCUUGUUUUCUCUAUUGGUCUAUCUACCGCAUAUGCAAGUACCAAAAGGACCUCAAGAAUUUGGAGGAAGUGGAGAAGAGGUACAAGUCCAAGUAGCUUCUUUUUGCAGCUUCAUAUUGUGAUAUGUUUAUUGCUUGGUGGAGGCAGCUAUAGUCUAUAGUUGAGUCUGAUGUACCAAAUUAUACACUCUUGACAAAACAGCAUUUGUUUCAGCUCUAGAGAUUUAUAUUACAACCUUUUUGUGUGUGGUUUUUCACUUUUGUUUAAUUUAAAAGACGUCUAAUGUGGAUUGCAAGUUUCUGUUA